GAAUCAAGAGAUCAUUCUGUAAAUGCAAAAGACGGUGGAUAAACUAAAUCUACAAAUGCAGAGGAUUGACUGCCAUCUUUAUGAGUACUUAUGGUCAUCUAGCGCUGUCACCUGCGAGAUAACGUUUACACUAAUUUUCAAAUCGUAUAGACGUCCUGUUCGGUUCACGUUUCGACAGCGAUGAAGUAGGAUAGCUUCUACAAUUACACGAUUGAAUCAAAGUGUAAUACUCAAUUGAUAUAUAAACGUAAAAAGCAUAUUAUUCGCUAUAAGCUUGCUGACAGUUCUUUAAAGCGGUCUUAUACCGAGAAGAUAACUGUUUACAUUUGCAUAUCACCUACCGCGAACACGUAUAAAUGAACCGACACACAAGGAGAUAUGAGUAGCGGCGCAAGAAAGGAAAUGUUAAAAGUGCAAUAUAAAGUGUAUUUUAAUAAUAUUUAAAACUUUAUUAACAGUAGAAUGUUAUCCCUGGAAUAUUUACUUCUUUCCGCUUUCAUAUUUGGAGUGAUAUGUUUAAGUUUGUUUUCUAUAAUAUUAUACAUAAUAACGGAACCAUAUCCCAAAAUAUGGCGAGAUGAGAAAGAGAAGAAAUUUUUUAAUCCUAAGACAAAAACAACUGAACCGUUCCCAUCAUUAUUUGACAAUUGGAGUGUACAUUUGAGUGUCAUAGUACCCGCAUACAAUGAACAGAAAAGAUUGCCAUUGAUGUUGGACGAAUGUUUGGAAUAUUUAGAGGAACGUUUGAAACAUGGAUAUACUUAUGAAAUAAUUAUAAUUAGUGAUGGAAGCACUGAUAAGACUGUGGAAAUUGCUCACACAUAUGCAUUAAAAUAUGAUAGCAUUAGAGUAUUAGAUCUUGUUCAAAAUAGAGGAAAAGGUGGUGCAGUAAGACUUGGUAUCUUAAGUGCAAGGGGCAGUGCAAUAUUGUUUGCAGAUGCUGAUGGAGCAACUAAAUUUAGAGACUUAGAAAAGUUAGAUAAUAGUUUAAGAUCUGUUUUAGGAUUUGACUACAUGAAUAAACCAGAUGAAGUCACUUCAUCCAAAGCCAUAAUCUGUGGAUCCAGAGCACAUUUAGAAAAAGAAGAAAUUGCCAAAAGAACUUUCUUCCGGUUAUGUUUAAUGCAUGGCUUUCAUUUUCUGGUAUGGUUUUGGGGAGUAAGAGGUAUUAGAGACACACAGUGUGGCUUCAAACUAUUAACACGACAUUCUGCUAGACUUAUAUUCCAAGCUCUACAUGUUGAACGUUGGGCAUUUGAUGUAGAAAUGUUGUAUAUUGCACAAUACUUUAACAUUCCUAUUACCGAGGUUUCUGUAGAUUGGACAGAAAUAGAAGGUUCCAAGAUUGUACCAUUCUGGAGUUGGUUACAGAUGGGUCAAGAUUUAUUUUUUAUUUGGUACAAAUAUAGAAUUGGAGCAUGGAAAAUAAAAAGACCUAAACAAACAUAAGUUUACACAGAAUUACAAAAAAUGUAUAAAAUAUAAUUUUUUUGUAAUAUUUUAAUUAUACAAACUAAAAGUUUGAUAUCAUUAUUAACAUAUAAAUAAUAUACUAAUAAAACUAAUAAAAUGUAUUUCCUUCCUAAGGAACUCGUAUGUAGUUUUAAUUGUGUUUAGUAAUCAGAUUAAAAGUAUAGGGUCUGAAGUAGCCCCUUUUUUAAAUUUCAUAUCAAUACUGUUUAGGUUAUACUAAUUUACUUUCAUAAAAUAUAUUAGCCUCUACUUUGAGUAUUAAUUCUUU